AUGACUCCUAUUUCGUGUUCAAGAAAAGAGUUCAAACCCACCGAUGAUGAACUCAUCCAGUUGUUUCUUUACAAUAAGGUCAACGGGAAACCAUUGCCUAAAAAUGUUAAGAUUCUUAAAUAUGACUUAUAUGGUGAAAAGAACUCUUGGGAGAUUUGGGAAGCCUUUGGAGGUUCUAACGCUUACGGUGGAACUGGCCUUUACUUCUUCACCACCUUAAAGAAAACGUUCUCCACUGGCACACGCCCGGUUCGCACCAUUGGGUGCAGUUCUUGGGAAGCGGAAUACAAGGGGGAAAAAGUUAUGGCCAAUGGCUCGAUGCAAUGUAUUGAGAUAAGGAAACGUUUAUGA